GAUGCUUUUCACCAUUUUUACUAUCACUCCUGUAGGCUGUGAGCUCCAGACUCUGGGGCACAGCAUGGCAGCACUAUGUCAGAUCAAGGGUGUCUCUGCUCCAGCUGGAGCCCAUUCAUUGCUCCAGAGCCACGUCUGUAAUCAGGACCAACACACCUGGGCUCAGCUGCAGGUUUGGGGGCGGAGCCCAGCACACCUGGAUGCAGGUGCGGGUUUGGGGAUGGAGCCCAGCCAGUAUCACCGCGUGUCUCCCCUCCACGCCUGCGCAGAUGUGUCCGGGAGUGAGCGAGGCCCCGGAGCUCUACGGCCGCGGCUUCCUGACCAUCGCGCAGAUCGCCAUGCUGCCACCGCCAGCCGUCAUGAACUACAUCUUCCUGCUUCUCUGUCUGUGCGGCCUGGUGGGCAACGGGCUGGUCCUCUGGUUUUUCGGCUUCUCCAUCAAAAGGAGCCCCUUCUCCAUCUACUUUCUGCACUUGGCCAGCGCGGACGUCGGCUACCUCUUUAGCAAGGCCGUGCUCUCCAUCCUGAACACGGGGGGCUUCCUGGGCUCGUUUGCCGACUACGUCCGCGCGGUGUCCCGGAUCCUGGGGCUCUGCAUGUUCGUCACCAGCGUGAGCCUCCUGCCAGCCGUCAGCUCAGAGCGCUGCCUGUCGGUCAUCUUCCCCUCCUGGUACUGGCGCCGUCGGCCCAAGCGCCUGUCGGCUGUGGUGUGCUCGCUGCUCUGGAGUCUGUCACUCCUGGUCACCAGCAUCCACAGCUACUUCUGCGUGUUCCUGGGCCGCCAGGCGUCUGGGCCGGGCUGCGGGCACGUGGACACCUUCCUGGGCAUCCUGCUGUUCCUGGUCUUCUGUCCGCUCAUGGUGCUGCCCUGUCUGGCGCUCGUCCUGCACGUGGAGUGCCGGGCCCGGCGGCGCCAACGCUCGGCCAAGCUCAACCACGUCAUCCUGGCCAUGGUCUCGGUUUUCCUCGUGUCCUCCAUCUACUUAGGGAUCGACUGGUUCCUAUUCUGGGUCUUCCAGAUCCCGGCCCCCUUCCCCGAGUACGUCACCGACCUGUGUAUCUGCAUCAACAGCAGCGCCAAGCCUGUCGUCUACUUCCUGGCCGGCAGGGACAAGUCACAGCGGCUGUGGGAGCCCCUCAGGGUGGUCUUCCAGCGGGCCCUGCGAGACGGGGCCGAGCCGGGGGAGGCGGGGGGCAGCACGCCCAACACGGUCACCAUGGAGAUGCAGUGCGCCUCGGGGAAUGCCUCGUGAGAGGCCAGCUGCUGGAGGGGAGGCGGCGGCCAGCUGGAGUGGCCUCCAGAGACCCUUUGCAGGAGUCAGGAGUUGGGCAGCAGCCCCGGGGCCCGAGUGCAAGGAGAAAAAUCUGCUCCCCGCCCGCGUGCCGCCUUCUCCCGGGGCAGAGGCUCUGGGCGUGGCCGAGAGACAGAAGAGCCACUUCCAAACAGACCCCGUGGCCUCACCAGGCUCCCCCCAGCUAUCCUCCUUCCGUGACCCACUGCAGAAGUUGCCCCCGGGCGGUGGGCCGGGUGUGGGGCUCCUCCCCGCCCCAGGAUGGCCAGGAAAGGAGAGGAGGGGGUCACGCAGCCCAUCCACCUCCUGCCCCAUCAGCCAGCCCUCCUGAGAACAGCAGCCCAUCGCCCAUCGGGCCAGCAUCUUUGUCCUGCUGUUGGGACACCUGCUGUCUCCUUUCUGCCCUGUCAAGGCAAGGGUGCUACCUGGGAGACGCUUCUCCUUAACCCGCCUGGGAGCCCAGGCUUUCUGCACAUGACGUUCCCUUUGGCGGCCGAAAUGGGGGAGCCUCUGGCACGGCAAGUGCCUGGACGCAGGAAAAGCCGUCAGCUGGCUUGAGUGGCUCACUCUCAUUCUGACUCCAUGCCAGCCGGCAUGUCUGAGCUGCCGUCCGCCUGGUCUGAGGGGCUCCGGAAAGCCGUCCAGGCAGUCUCCGGGCUAUAGCCCCACCCAAAAGUGGGCACUGGCUCUACGUGGCCACCUCAGCCCACCUACAAGCACGGUGGCCCAGUCUGAUGAAAGAUAAUACGUGUAUAUCAAUAAACGUUUUCUAUCUCGCAGCGA